AUGUUCUGGAGCGGUAAUUACAUAGCGAAUAGGGAGUUAAAGUUACUCCUGGAGGAGAAGAACGUAACGUUGACACAAGUUCUUGAAGCCGAUGAUAUUUUACAAGAAUGCAAGGCAGACAACCAGGCUCUGGGACAAUUUUUAACCAGACCAGAUAUUUUGGCAGAGCUUAUAACUCUGAUAACGGAAGAACCUCCCAAGGAUGUAAAGUUGUCACAACAGUAUCGUCAUGCAAACAUAGCAAGUGAGGUGCUGACCAGUAAUCUAUCUCUGUUGAGAGCUCGGCUGUCCUCUAACGCGGCCCAGAUGAAUCGUCUGUGUGACUUUGUCAGUAGGGAGCCACCCUUGAAUCCACUGUUAGCUUCAUAUUUCAGUAAAACAAUAGAGAUGUUGUUUGAGAGGAGUCCAGUUAUGUGGCUGGACGAGUAUCAGUUCUUGGAUUGUUUAAUUCAAAUAAUCUGCGGCACAUAUGACCCAGAGGAACGGCAUCCAGCUCUCGUGGAGACCGAGGAGAAAGCCAGCAAUGAAUCAAACGAGAAGUUGGACACUAACCAUAACAGUGAACUGGAGAAAGAUGACCCAGUGGUAGAUAAUAAAGGUGCGGAGACGAAUGGCGAGAGGGAGGAGGUGGCGGGUGGCAGCGGGCCCGACGCGGACCUCGAAGGCCUAUCGGCAGACGGGCCCGGGAAGGAGGAGCGCGCGAGGAGGAUCCGGGCCGUCGCAGCCUCCAACGCCGCAGCCCUACUAUGUGACAUCGCCCUGGAGUGCGCGCUGGACCCCUGCAACAACUACUUCGGGAAAUGGUCCGCCAGGUGGGGCGUGGGUCACGAGCUGGCUGUCCGUCUCCGCAGCGAGGAGACCGUGCGGCGCGUGCUGCAGGGCUGCUUCACGAGCCCCCCGGAGGCCCGGCGCUCCGCCAUCGUGCACGCCUGCCGCCUGCUGCUGGCGCUGCUGCACCGGGACCCGCCCGCAGAUCCCGCGCCCGUUGUGGAGGCCGUGCCCCCGGAGGGCGUAGAGGGCGGGCCUGCGCCCCCGAGCCGCACGGAGGCCGACUAUGGUGAGGUGGAGCGGGCCAUCGCUCCUCACCUGCCGCUGCUGCAUCACGCGCUGCUGAAGGACGCCCACGACGACGGGGAGAGACCCACGGAGCAGCAGACCCCGUCCAGUGAGUCCCCCCGCCCGCCCCUCGUCCGUGGCGGCGUGGUGGGCUCUGCCCGCGUGCACGUGGCGGCGCUGGUGGCGCGGCUCGCUCUCUCCGACGUGGACGACGUGCCCACCGCACUCAUCUCGCUCGGCACGGCGGGGGUGUUGGUGGAGCUGUGCCUGUCGUGUCCUCACAACAACUUCCUCCACGCUCAGCUCGUGGCCUUCGUGAGGAACGCGAGAAGCAACCAGAGGUUCGCCGACAGAUACAACAAGCACCUGAUAGAGGAGUGUGAUCUGCUGACGAGGCUCAUGGACGUGUUCGAGGACAAUGAGACUGGCAGAUGUUCCCCCCGCGCUGGUUACAUGGGCCACGUGGUGUUGGUGCUCCGUGAGCUGCUGUCCCCGCCGCCCGCGCUGCCCCCCGGCCCGCUGCAGCAGCGCUGGUCGUCCUUCAUUCAGCACAAGCUGCUGCCGUUGCUGCAGAUCUACGAUUCGCCUCUCGGCGGCGUGUAUCCCGGGAGAGACAUGCAGGAGGCGGAGGCUAGCUUCGACACACAGGGCGACACGUACGACGAUGUAUGGAGUAUUCACACACUAUUUUCUUCACAGAUGUCGGAGCCCGCGGCACACAUCGAUGAGGAUGAUAGCGACCAUCAAGUGAUGGACAGCGCCAAGAACAACUUCCUCGAGCUAGCCGGACAGAGGUUCGAUGAGAACAUGUGGGACGACGAGCCAGACGACGAGGCCUUGGAGGCCGGGGAGGCCGGGGACCUCGAGCACGUGGAGGAGGCCCAGCGGGUCCUGGGACAGGCCUCACCGUGGGAGGAGGCUGCGGGCGCGGCGUGCGGCAGCUCCGGGGACGGCGGCGGAGCGGGCGAGGGCUGGGCCAGCUUCGACACGGCCUUCACUGGAGGAGACCCCUUCUGGGGCGCGCCGCACGACGCGGACAGUUCUUCUUUAUCGGACGCGAUGCAAAACCUGCGGGUGGCCGACGACGAUAAGGACGCGCUCACCAUACUGUUGGCGCACAAGAUGCUCGCCUUCGCCCACGCCCACGCCCGCGAAGACUUCGCUCACGACGACCACGGAGACUUCGGCGCCCACGACCACAUCGACCUGGGUGCCAUCAGAGACGAGCUCGGUCUACACCCUGACCACGGAAAAGAUUCGAGCGAGCAACACGAGGGGAGCGGCGGGGACCAGACGUCUAGUGCGGUCACGGAAACUACGGGCGCCCACGAGUUUGCCAGCGCCCACGACUCUACUAGCGCCCACGCGUCUCCCGCCGCCCACGACGACCACGUAGCGACCGACGCUGACAGAUGA